CGGUUACACGCUCGCAUAUAUUGUUGCUUGACGUUAUCUUUGAUACCAAGUCAAGUAUUUGGUUAAUAUUAUUUUUUAUUUUUUCGGUCAAUGGCUGCUUCUUCGUCUAGAGGACGAAGUAGCUCGCCAUUUCAAUAUCGUAAACAAUCAACUCCAUUUUCGUCUUCAUCAUCUUCAAAUUCCUUCAUGAAUGGUGGUCGUCUUAUGCCUCGAUCAGUCUCUUCUUCAACUACAUCGUUUAUUGACUCUGGCUCUGGCUCCAGAUCCAUGACUCCCAGCCGGAACCGAACUGAUUUAGCUUAUUCACGAGCUCAUGGGAAUCGUUCGCCGGUUAAUUAUCCUUCGGCUGAGGAGUUGUUGGUUAAUGAGCCAGUGGAUGUGUCCAGAUCGGGAGAGAGUAUUUCUGUGACUGUUAGGUUUCGGCCAAUGAGUGAAAGAGAAUAUCAGAAAGGCGAUGAAAGUGCUUGGUAUGCAGACGGUGAUAAAAUUGUGCGCAAUGAGUAUAAUCCUGCAACAGCUUAUGCCUUUGAUAAAGUAUUUGGACCUGAUACAAGUACCCAGGAUGUUUAUGAAGUAGCUGCGCGACCCGUUGUCAAGGCUGCUAUGGAAGGCAUUAACGGCACAGUUUUUGCUUAUGGUGUUACAAGUAGUGGCAAGACGCACACUAUGCAUGGAGAUCAUAUUUCUCCAGGAAUAAUUCCAUUGGCAAUAAAGGAUGUUUUUAGCAUCAUUCAAGAUACUCCUGGAUGCGAGUUCUUACUUCGCGUAUCAUAUCUUGAAAUCUAUAAUGAGGUUAUCAAUGACUUGCUGGAUCCAACUGGCCAGAAUCUGCGUGUCAGGGAAGAUAAUCAGGGUACUUAUGUUGAAGGUAUAAAGGAAGAAGUUGUUUUGUCACCUGGGCAUGCACUUUCUUUCAUUGCUGCAGGGGAAGAGCAUCGACACGUUGGUUCAAACAAUUUCAACUUGUUUAGUAGCCGUAGUCACACAAUAUUUACCUUGAUGAUUGAAAGUAGUGCUCAUGGAGACGAAUAUGAUGGAGUGGUCUUCUCACAGCUUAACUUGAUUGAUUUAGCUGGAUCUGAGAGUUCUAAAACUGAAACAACGGGAUUGCGGAGAAAGGAAGGAUCAUAUAUCAACAAAAGUCUUCUGACUCUUGGAACUGUCAUUGGAAAAUUGAGUGAAGGGAAGUCAUCUCAUGUUCCUUAUCGGGAUUCUAAACUUACUCGGCUGCUCCAGACUUCACUGAGUGGGCAUGGACAUGUCUCUCUCAUAUGUACUGUUACUCCUGCAUCAAGCAAUAUGGAGGAAACACACAAUACACUGAAGUUUGCAAGCAGGGCUAAACGUGUGGAGAUUUAUGCAUCACGCAACAAGAUUAUUGAUGAGAAAUCCCUGAUUAAGAAAUAUCAAAGGGAAAUAUCAUGUCUCAAAGAAGAGCUUGAUCAACUAAGAAGUGGGAUGCUUGUCGGUGUUAAUCCUGUAGAACUUAUGACUUUGAAACAGCAGUUGGAAGAAGGGCAAGUGAAAAUGCAAUCAAGAUUGGAAGAGGAGGAGGAAGCCAAGGCAGCUUUAAUGAGCCGGAUACAGAGGCUAACUAAACUGAUCCUUGUUUCUUCAAAGAAUUCAAUCCCUGGGUAUUUGGGUGAUGUUGCUGGGCAUCAGAGGAGCCAUUCUCCUUCUGAAGAAGAUAAGAUGGAUAGUUCUAUGCUAAUAGAUGGCGGGAAUCAGAAAGACCCUUCAGCAGAUACUUCUGAUCCCAAACACAGAAGAUCUUCUAGCAAGUGGAAUGAUGAUAUAUCUCAGGUUGGGAAUGCAAUCACUGAAUCAGCUCAGGAAGGAAUUUCAAUGUCAGAUCAGAUGGACCUCCUAGUUGAGCAAGUCAAGAUGCUUGCUGGAGAGAUUGCCUUCAGCACCAGUACAUUGAAACGCCUGGUUGAGCAGUCUGUUAAUGACCCCGAGAGUUCGCAAACACAAAUUCAAAAUUUAGAGUGUGAAAUUCAAGAAAAGAGAAAGCAAAUGAGGAUGUUGGAACAACAUAUUGUUGAAAGUGGUAAAGCAUCUGUUGCAAAUGCAUCCUUCGUCGAAAUGCAGCAGACUUUGAUGAAAUUGAUGACACAAUGUAGUGAGCAGAGUUUUGAGCUUGAGAUCAAAUCUGCAGAUAAUCGGAUUCUCCAGGAACAGCUGCAGAACAAGUGCUUAGAGAACAAGGAACUACAAGAAAAGAUUUGUCGUCUUGAACAGCAGCUAGCUGCAUUCAAGGCAAAACAAGCGUAUCCCUCAUCAGAAAGAUGUGUAUCUGAUGAAUAUACUGAUGAGCUUAGAAGGAAAAUUCAGUCCCAGGAUGUUGAGAAUGACAAGCUUAAGCUGGAACAUAUUCAACUUGCGGAGGAGAACAGUGGGCUGCAUGUGCAGAACCAGAAAUUGUCAGAGGAAGCUUCAUACGCAAAAGAAUUAGCUUCUGCUGCUGCUGUUGAACUGAAAAAUUUAGCUGCUGAAGUCACAAAGCUCUCAUUACAGAAUGCAAAACUGGAGAAAGAAUUGUUGGCUGCUCGAGAGAUGUCGAGCUCUAGGAGUUCCAAUGCACAAGCUGGUAACGUUAGUAGCAGAAAGCAUGGUGAAAACUUAAGACCAGGGCGUAGAGGCCGGGUUUCUGGCCGAGUAAGUGAAGUUUCAGGAGUGAUUCAUGAUGACUUCGACACAUGGGACCUAGAUCCUAAAGAUCUAAAGAUGGAGUUGCAAGCAAGAAAACAACGUGAAGCAGUUCUUGAGGCUGCGUUGGUUGACAAGGAGAUUGUGGAAGAUGAGUACAGGAAAAAAGUAGAGGAGGGAAAGAAAAGGGAGGCUUCUUUGGAAAAUGAUUUGGCAAAUAUGUGGGUGCUUGUUGCUCAACUAAAGAAAGAGAAUAGUGCUAGGCAAGACUUGAAACUGGCAGCUGACUGGCAAUUAGGUGGAGAAGGCAAUAUGAUGAAUCCAGAAAUUAAUGUUGGUGACAACAAGGACCUCAUCUCUGAUGUUAGCCAAGACGGGGUUCAUACAAAUGCAGCUACUGAGAUUCUGAAGGAAGAACCUCUGGUUGCCCACUUGAAGGCUCGGAUGCAAGAAAUGAAGGAAAAAGAACACAGGCACUUGGGCAAUGGUGAUGCAAAUUCACAUAUAUGCAAAGUGUGUUUUGAGUCACCUACUGCUGCAAUGCUUCUUCCUUGCCGACAUUUUUGUUUGUGCAAGUCUUGUUCCCUGGCUUGCAUUGAGUGUCCAAUCUGUCGGACAAAAAUUGUAGAUAGGAUUUUUGCUUUUACUUGACUUUGCACUUCAAUUGCAUGGAAUUAUGGUGCACAAAAAGGAGUUCAUUUAUUCUUGUCAACUUGCCAUUUUCUAUUAUAUUCUUUUAUUAGUUCAACUGUAUGUAAAUUUCCGGCUACCCAAUUCAAAUGCUAUAUCAUUUUUUACAAUGUACUUAACCAAGGUCUAUUAAACAAGAAGACGCAAAACAACAGAGGAAGUGACGCAAAUUAGUAAAUCUGAAGUUCUCAAGGAGUUGCUAUAUGAUCCAUCUCCUUGACCUUUAAAUGUAGUGUAUAGAACAGAUGUGUAAUACAAAAUGUCAUGUUAAUGUUG